AUGUUAAAGUCCACAUUCCCCGCGGUAGGAGCUACGAUCCCCGGCAAUUUCUCCUGUCGCGGGGGUUCAGUGACAGUGUCCUGUGAGUCGGUCCGGGGAUCCCUUCCCAUUAGCUACAGCUGGUAUGAAAAUACCCCAUCUGGGGAUUCAAAGAUCUCUGACAACAAUGCCCUGGAUCUACAUUGUCAAUCCUUCAAACACCAGCACCAUCAAUAUUAUUGCACAGCCUCAAAUAAACUUGGAUCAAAAUCCAGUGAAAUGGUCAACGUGUCCAUCUCCAGCAGUGACGUGCCCUGCAGUUUCCUAGUGGAAAUCAACGGCACUGUUGUGUCUGGUGUCACUGUGCUUCUCCUGAUUCUCAUCAUUGCCUUCUUUUGGUACCGAAAGCGUAAAACCGAGGAAUCCAAGUGCAAUACAUCACACGGUGAAGCCAACAAUGAAACCCAGGAAAUGACAGUGUUGGAAGGGACUGACGUUUAUGCAAAUCUGCAGCAACUUGGAAACAACAGGGCAGGUGACCAUUUGGAUAACAAUGAAGGUGAAAUCACGUAUGCAGUGGUGAAAUGUCAAAGGAAGACGAGAUCAAGGCAGCAUGCGGCUGAAAACGCUGUCGUCUACGCAGAUGUCAAUUUUCAUCGCAACUGCCCAAAGGGCAUUCGGAAACCCCACUCUCCUGGGACUCCAGAGAACCCUGAGUCAAUCUAUGCCUCUGUCGUUUCUUAGGAGAGAUUUUAAAUUCGGUGUGAGUUU